AUGAGCAGGGCUCUUUUACGAGGGGCUGUAUGCCAAUCGUGUCGUCACGAGGUACUCCGGUCUUUUGUAUCCGUCUCAGGUGUUCGACUCCCCCGAUAUCCUCUUCCCUUCGGUUCAAUCUCCAACCUUAAAGCUUUCUCCGAUCGUCCUCCAACUUCGCAUCGCCUUGACGUCCAUCUGGCUGAACCAGGAGAAUCCCCGGUGCCAGCCGAAAGCAAUGCGCCAGCCUCGUCACAGCAUGUUCCUUGGUAUCUGCAGGAGGAGGCGCCGGUCGAGGAUCGUCCGUUGACUGAAGCCCAUCUCCCUGAGAUCCCCAAUGACUCCCCAGAGAUGCUUUCCACCCUUCUGGAAUAUACAUAUAAAGAUCUCGGUCUUGACGGUCUGAAGCUUUUCGACCUACGCGGCCUCGAAAUCCCCGCGGCUCUCGGUGCCAAUGUGAUCAUGAUCGUUGGAACUGCCCGUAGUGUGAAGCACUUAAAUGUGUCCGCUGAUCGCCUCUGCCGCUGGCUGCGAAGUCAAUACAAGUUGUCUCCAUAUGCCGACGGCCUGCUAGGACGCAACGAGUUGAAGAUUAAACUCCGCCGUAAAGCCAAACGGGCGCGCGCUGCUGCCGCCGCAGGUGCAAUGGUUGAUGAAAAGGACGAUGGAAUCACCACGGGCUGGAUUUGUGUUAACGCGGGCGUGGUGGACAAGGAUGCUAUCUCUCAGACACAGCUUAGCGAUGCCGGCUUCGAAGGAUUUGGCAACAUCGAGCUUGGGACUAACGUAGUUGUCCAGAUUUUUACGGAAGAGAAGCGGGCCGAUGUUGACCUUGAUGGUCUUUGGGAGGCUACUUUAGCCCGCGAAGGCCGAAAGAACGUUCGGCAGACCGAUUCUUCUGAGCCUAGCUCUGCACCUCCCAGGUCUAUGUCUGAUGGUUUCGGCUCCUCUCCCAACCAAAAGAGAGGCUUCCAUACCAUGCGUCGACUGGCAGUACCCGAAAUGAAUUCCAUUGAAUCUGGCCUAGGGUCUGCUUUUCCUGUUAUCGGAGCUUCACCCGCCGCUGGCAGCGCAGAAGCCGUCGCAUCCCAAAUGACACCUGCGUCUUUGCUUCAGAUCCUCCGCGAACUCCCGGCUGAGAAUGCACGGAGCGAGCUUGGGAGUGGUCCAGAUGAUCGCACGUCAACUAUUUUUCUACGGCUCUUCUAUACCAACCACGCCACAAAAAUCUCCGCCCAGGAGAAGGCUAUCCUUCGAUUGAAGCUGCUGUCAAUUGCGGUGUCUAAACAGCACUCGGCUUACAGUAAAGAUGCCCUGUUCAGCGCAUUUUCUGAUUUCCUCCAGGAUGGCUACGAUCUGCCGGACGACCUUGGUUUUGAUGUUGUCUCUGCCCUGCUGGCCCCGAGGCCAGUUGGUGCGAAUCCACAGGAACUUGCAUUUGAUAUUCCUGAAAAUGAUAUGGAGCUUGCCCUGAGUGUACUGGAUCGUCUCAGCCUACGUGGCGUACCCAUUCUUAACAUGAGAAUGUUCAACAUCCUCUAUCAAACAUGCGUUACGCCAAGUGGAUCGUCCGUGGAAGGGGCUUCGCAGCCAUCAUCUACUACUCAGCGAACCAAGUCCCAGGAACGAAUUUUGUCUCGGCUGACCAAGAUUGUCGCGGCAGCCAAUGUUCCAUUCGACGCCGGCGAAGCUCGUAAGCUCAUGGUUACGCUAUUUCAGUGCGGGGACCACGAUGGGUUCUGGCGAUUGUGGAAUAUGUUUCCUGUAAAAGGCCUUAGCCGUACACGAGAUGAUUACACUCAGCUGUUUCAGUUGCACGCUGACCUUGGCGACGAACGGCGAGCACGCGAGUGCCUCUCUCUUGGCAUACCGCUGAUGACCGAGGAGUCUCCUAUGAUUGCGUUAGAAGGUCUGGUUGUGCCCGCCAUCAUGCAUUGUAUCUUGGUGGCUGACCCGACCAUUCACAAGCGUGAAGAAGAUGGUCCUCCGAGUUUCUAUAUGCCCCUCUGGACUGAUUGCCAGGAGGCACUUGCUUUCGGAGCCUGA